CUGAAAAUAUCAGUGGCUUGGUCAGUGUACAAUUUUUUGUGUCGAUAAAGAGUUCAAGUUCUCUUAUCAUGUUAUAUAAAAAGGGAAGAAAUAUUUCAAAUUAACUGGACUAACAUUUAAUUACAACAUAAGCAACAUGACUAGUUCAGAUGAUGGAUUAACGGCGAUAAUUUUUGCUGUUUCCCUCUGCGCUACGAUUCUCUUGGUCAUUUGUGUAAUAUUGUACUGUGCCUUUUUACAACAUGAAGAAGACUCAAGGAGGGAAAGCGAAUGUCGUGGUCGAGGAAGAAUGAUGUCAUGUUCAGUCGUUCCUGGGACGUCACAUUGCAUUAAUAGUUGUGGUCACACUUUCAUGCAACUCAACAGAUUACAUCAAGAAAAUCAACUUAUUAAUAAUUCAAGUAAUUCGAAUAGAAAUCAAAAUGUCAUUAUUAGAACAAUCCAACCAAGUUGUCGUGAAAUUGAUACGAACUCAAAUAGAAAUCUUCGAAUACCUCCUUCAAAUAACAAUUGCGUGGGAGGAUUUGAAAAUUCUUCACCAGUGACAAACAUUUCAAGAUCCUCAAAUCAUCAAACGAGACAACAUCAAAGUAAUAGUCAAACAAUUUUAAAUAUUCCAAAUAAUACUCCACCAUCUUACGAAGAUCCUCCGUCUUACUGCGAAUUUUUCGAACAACCGGAAUGA